AUGGCAGGAAAGGCAAUGUCUGUCAACGGUACAAUCUCAUUUGUUAAUGCAAGCGGCAUGAUCUCCACAAUCGAAUGUUCUGAAUUCCCCCCCAUGAUCCAUUCACAAGGCCUGUGGAACUACAUUCAUUCACGGACUCUACCGUUUAUGGUGCCGCUGCUUGAGGUGCAAAUGAUUCUCAUUUUCACCCUCAUCCAAGCCUCCCAUUACGUUCUUAAGCGUUAUGGAGUUCCCCAUUUCGCCACACAACUUCUUGUGCGUGCUCUCUUCCACUUCCACUUCCUCUCCCUCUCCCUCUCCCUCUCCAUCUCUGUUGGCAUAAUCCUUGGUCCGUCUUUUCUAGGACGCUUCAGAAUAUUCAACAAUGUUUUGUUCUCGAUAAACAGUCAAGAAACAAUAGGUCUACUGUCUGUCUUGAGCUAUGUGCUAUUUUCUUAUGUGAGUGCGGUGAAAAUGGAUUUAGGAAUGAUUAAAAGAACCGGAAAAAACGCCUUGUUUGUCGGUGUUGCAUGCACAUUGUCGCCUUUGCUAAUUGGCUUGUCAGUCCAAGCGCUACUUGGAAGAUUGUGGUCGCUAAAUAAAGAAGAAGCACUUACACUUCAAACUAUAGCAACAAUAAAUUGUGCAAGUCCAUUUACGGUCCUUGUUUGCCUUCUCGAGGACCUCAACAUCCUAAAUUCCCAACUGGGUCGAUUAGGCUUAUCUGCAGCAAUGGUAAGCGACGUGUUAAACACGUUUUCAAUCCUCUUUAUCAUCAAUACUGGAAUUAGGCAGAAGGAAGGUAGUAUGAUUGCCGCCAUAGAUUUAGGAGCACUCAUCGCCUAUCUUAUUGUUCUUGUAUUUGCAAUUCGACCAGCAAUGUUUUGGGUAAUCAGACAGACACCAAAAGGCAGGCCUGUCAAAGACACAUACAUUCAUGCUAUCAUGCUAAUGGUGCUUGGCUCCGGGUUGCUUUCUCAUUUUUUUGGUCAGACUUUCUUCUAUGGACCUUUCUUUUUCGGUUUGGUAGUACCAGAUGGACCGCCUUUAGGAUCUGCCAUUGUCAACAAGUUCAACUGCCUCAUUUCGGAUGUGUUUCUGCCACUCUUCGUGACUAUUUGUGGGAUGAGGACAAAUCUGAGUUUAAUCAAAUUCGAUAACAGUUUCAUGAAAAUCAACGGAAUCCUCAUUGUUUCGACUUUUGUUGCCAAAAUGGUGCCUUGUUUGGUUCCUCACUUGUACUCCAAAUUGCCCUUAAAUGAUGCUCUCGCACUCGCUCUAUUAUUGUGUUGCAAAGGUGUAUUCCAACUUUUUUACUACACGUACCUCAUAGAUAUGGAGGUUAUAACAGACCAAUUGUUCGCUUUGUUAUGUGUUUCCAUUCUAUUUUCUGCAAUUUUCAUGCCACUCCUGGUGAAGUUCUUGUACCAUCCUUCAAGGCAAUAUGCCGAUUACCAAAAAAGGGGUAUUAUGCAUUGCACAAGCAAUGCAGAGCUUCGAAUCCUAAUAUGCAUUUACAGGCAAGAUAACAUUGCUGCUGUAACCAAACUACUUGAAAUCUCCUGCUCAUCUAGAGAAAGGCCUCUUGUUGUUUAUGUGCUUCACCUUAUCGAAUUAAUUGGUCGAGCCUCUCCUAUUUUUAUUUCCCACCAAAUGCAGAUAAAGACUAUGUCCAAUAGUUCCUAUUCGGAGAAUAUCAUUCACGCCUUCAAUCACUUUGAACAAGACAAUGAGGGUGCUGUAUCAGUAAACGUCUUCACAUCAAUCUCUCCAUUGAAGUCCAUGCACAACGACAUAUGCAUCCUUGGAUUGGACAAACACACAUCCUUCAUAGUACUAUUGUUCCACCGAAAAUGGUCCAUUGACGGUUCCGUUGAAUUAGAGGACAAUACCAUGAGGACCUUAAAUUGUAGUGUGCUUGAGCUAGCCCCCUGCUCUGUUGGCAUCCUAAUUGACCGUGGUCAUUUAGGUCAUUCAAUGGUUUCAGCAGAUUCAUCAUAUUCUGUUGCCAUGAUCUUCUUUGGAGGUGAUGACGAUCGAGAGGCACUGAGUUUUGCCAAACGCAUGGCUAUUCACUCGAAAAUUUCCCUGAGUGUGGUCCACUUUGUUGCCGCUAACAAUGAAGGUAAUACCUACUGGGACGAAUUGCUUGACUCUAAGAUACUGAAGGAUGAUAAGCUUAAAAAUGUGGGUGAUGAAUAUGUGAUGUAUCAUGAGAAGAUAGUGAAAGAUGGGGCUGAGACAACAUUGAUAGUUCGGUGUAUGGUGAACGAAUAUGACCUUAUUAUUGUUGGUAGACGACAUAACGUAGAGUCUCCGCAGACAUCAGGGCUUGCAGAAUGGAGUGAAUUUCCAGAGUUAGGGAUUAUUGGAGACUUUCUCGCCUCAUCAGAUCUUAAUAGCAGAACUUCUGUUUUUGUGGUGCAACAACAACAACAAAAUAUAUGA